AUGGUUGCUGGCUAUGAAACAACAGCAACAACACUUGCUUAUAGUACAUACGUUUUGGCUAAAGAGCCUCUCGUUCAAAAGAAACUUCAAGAUGAAAUAGAUAAUUAUGAUGAGAACAAGAAUGAAUAUGAUCAAGUUCACAAUAUGAUCUAUCUCGAUUGGUUCAUACGUGAAGUUUUACGAAUGUUUCCUGGUGCACCACAAGCCAUGACGAGAGAAUGCAAUACUACUACCGUCGUUUGUGGUCAUACAAUAGAUGAAGGCAGUGUCAUUCAACCGGAUGUAUUGUCUAUUCAUUAUGAUCCUGAUUUAUGGGGUCCCGAAGAUCCAAACAUAUUCUUACCUGAACGACACUCAACUCCAAGACAUCCUGCUGCUUUUAUACCAUUUGGUCUAGGUCCUCGUAAUUGUAUUGGGAAACGAUUUGCUUUAAUGGAAAUCAAAAUGUGUUUGGCACGUCUACUUCGACAAUAUUCGAUUCAUCCUGGUGAUCAAAUGGAAGAAAAAUUCGAACUAAAAGAUACAUCUUUUAUUCUGCACCCAAAAGGUGUCUACGUGAAAAUUGUAAAACGCUCGUAA